AUGGUAACACUAAACCUGGCUCGUCGUAAUUCGGCGGGGGAGAAAACCAAAACCUGCAACAAGCGGAGGCGGGAUAUCUGGCUUCGAUCUCAACCAGUGCGAGAGACGCGCACUCGAGGAGCCAUGAACAACAACCUCAACAAAUCUAGGGCGUACCUAGGCGUCUUCAGUGACGCCGGGUACAUCGAUGUGGGCACAAAGGAGAAGCCCCUGCCCUACCCCAUCAAGGAAACCCUCCAUCCUAGAUUUCACGGCAGGCAGUUCGUCGCCAACCCGCAGAAGACCGGCUCUUACGGCGCCAAGCAUCCCGAGGUUUACCUCGAUAAGACCCACAGCUGGCUUCUCGAGGGUGUUCCCUACGUCGACCGCGUCAAGUACGCCGAGGCGCAGCCCGAGAAGCCCAAGCGCGGCUUUGGCACCAGCGACUACUCCAAGCGGGACGAGUUCAGCAUGGACUAUCGCACGGAGCAGUACCGGGAGGCGCUCAAGAGCGAGGCGAAGCACCAGGCGAUCGCGUCGGAGAAGGCGAAGGCGGCGAUGGAGAAGGAGCUCGCGGCGAGCGGCGGAGCGGGGCCCGGGGCCGGGACCGCCGACGCGGAUAAGACGGCGGCGACGAGGAGGAAGCCCCUGCUCUACGAUUUGGUGUUUGACGGCGAAGAUGCGUACCCCACCGCGGUUCGCGAUUCGAUGAUCGAGGGUCGGGACUCGAAGAACCCGACGCAGAUCUCGUGGGAACGCGAUUUCGGCGCCAUGCGAACCUCCGCGCACGCGAUCGGGCACGGGAUCGACCAGGCGGAGCACGGGAAACCGCAGUUUGCGCGCCUGCCAAUCGUCGAGAGCACGUUUUACCGACCGCAGGGGGUGCCCAUAUCGAGGAACAACACGGUGUUCAACUCGCGGCCGCAGUGA